AUGGCGUCUUCAGCGCCUUCAACAAGGAAGCCUCCACAUCUCGAGAUUCCGCCAUCUCCAUUGGAGCGACCAAAGGCGAAUCUCACGAGAACAAAUACCCAUCGACUCCCUCCUCCAGCGUUGUUUCAGGGUCCUCCAUCCAAGAAUGCCUCGCAUGUAUCGCUUGCCUUGCCCGGAGGCGACCGUCCAGCAGGCGCCGAGACAGAGCAUUCUCUUCGCCCGCCGCGACCAUCACGAGUACCCGCCGCUGCGUCCUUCUCAGGCCCAUCCCUCCGCCAGCCCACCACGGAAGCUGACGACCGCCGGGCAGAGAACCUAUGGGUUGAGAUGCAAAAGACGCUGGCCGACGUUGAAGUCUCCGCCAUGAACACGUCGCAUGUCUUCGGGGCCUCGCACGCCAAAGCGCUGGAAGACUUACGAACGGCGCAACUCUCUCUAGCCCAGACGUGGGCGAAGAGUGAGGCGGACGAACUACACGAGCAUGAACACGAUAUCACGGCUGAUAGCGCGACUAUCGGUGGCAAGAUCGAGGCGGGUGCAAGUCCUGUAAAAGGCAAGAACAGUGACGGGAAACCCAGCGCUUUCACUAACAAUAAAAACCUGGAAGAAGAGACUGAGCGAGAUAUCCAGCUCGCGAGGAAGAGACGGGAGGCCAACGAUCGGUACUUUGAACAGGUCAAUCGUGGCGUGCUUGAUGUGGUCAGCAAGCUUGAUGAGGUGGCUGGUGCUAUGCGCCGGGUCGAAAGAGAAUCGAGAGAGAUCUGGGAUGAGUCUACGGAAGAUGAUCUCAGUGCUAGUGAGACUGGUUCUGCCACAGAUCAUACAGGGAUGACGGAUAGUCCUAUUCGAGCUGCAAAACCAAGAUGA